CCCGCCGCGCCCCACUGCGCCCGGAGCGGAAGGAAGCACGGCGGCUGGAGCACUGGCAGCGGAGGACGCAGGAGCGGACAGUCCGCACGGCGGACCUCCAGCCGGGAUCUCCAAGCAGGAUGACUUUGGGAAUCUUUGCAAAUUGUAUAUUCUGCUUGAAAGUCAAAUACUUACCUCGUCAGCAGAAGAAAAAACUGCAAACUGAUAUUAAGGAAAAUGGUGGAAAGUUUUCCUUUUUAUUAAAUCCUCAGUGCACACAUGUAAUCCUAGACAAUGCUGAAGCCCUGAGUCAGCGUCAGCUGAACUCCAUCCAAAAGAACCAUGUCCGGAUUGCAAGCCCAGAUUUCAUAUGGGACUCUAUCAGCCAGAGGAGACUCGUGGAUGUGACGAAUUAUGAUCCCAAGCCACUGGCUGUCAUGCCACCUCCAGGUGAAAAGAGCUGUGCUGAGGUGGAAGCAGAAGAUGUGUCUUUGGAUAAUACCCCAGAGAAUGAAAACACCGAAGUCACUCAGGCUUCUGUGGAGAAUGUUGAAAUUCCUCAUUUUCUUCAAGACUUUGAAGUUGUGAAAUAUAAUGUCUUGGAAAAGGGGGGAGCGGAUGGAGGCCAGGAGACCACAGUGGUGGAGCUGCAGUGUUCCCAGGACCCAGGGGACGGCCCCUUUGUGAUAUCAGCACACUUCCUCCUGCCUGACGGCAUGCAGACUAGAAGAGAGAGCACCGGAAAGCAAACCUCUGAAGGCGCAAGUGAAUAUUAUGAACGUUACAUUGAAGACCUGAAGAGACAAGGAUUUCUGCUCCAAGAACACUUUCCAGCAGAAGCAACACAAUUAGCGUCUGAAAAACUGCAAGCUCUGCUAUUGGAGGAAGUCAUAAGUUCGGGCACUCUGAGCCAGGAGGUGAGCCAUUUGGUGGAGAUGGUCUGGGCAGAAGCUCUGGGACACCUGGAGCACACACUUCUCAAGCCAGUGAACAGCAUAAGCCUGAAUGACGUGAGUAAAGCAGAGGGGGUCCUCCUUCUAGUAAAAUCAGCCCUGAAGGAUGGAGAAACAGCGGAGCAACUGCAAAAGACGAUGGCCGACUUCUACCGACUGAUUCCCCACAAACACCCAGCAUCAGAAGACAUUAACCUAAGGUUGUUAGCUCAGAAAGAGGACCUUUGUCAGCUAGUAAGAGACAUGGUGAAUGUUUGUGAAACAAAUUUAUCCAAACCCAACCCACCAUCUCUUGCCAAAUACCGAGCUUUGAGAUGCAAAAUCGAAUGUGUUGAACAGAACACUGAAGAAUUUUCCAGGGUUAGAAAAGAAGUGCUGCAGAGUAAUCACGGUGCAAGUCCAGUAGAUGUCUUGCAGAUAUUUAGAGUUGGCAGAGUGAAUGAAGCCACAGAGUUUUUGAGCAAACUGGGCAAUGUGCGGCCCUUAUUUCAUGGGUCUCCUGUGCGAAACAUUCUUGGAAUCUUGUCCCGAGGGCUGCUUUUACCUAAAGUUGUGGAAGACCGUGGUGUGCAAAGAACAGAUGCUGGAAAUCUGGGCAGCGGGAUUUACUUCAGCGACUCACUCAGUACAAGCAUUAAGUACUCAGAUGCAGGGGAGACAGAUGGCUCCAGACUCCUGCUUAUCUGUGAUGUUGCCCUGGGAAAGUGUAUGGACUUACUUAAGAAGGACUUUUCUUUAACGGAGGCACCACCAGGCUAUGACAGUGUGCAUGGAGUUUCCAGAACAGCCUCUGUCCCCACAGACUUUGAGGAUGAUGAAUUUGUUGUUUAUAAAACCAGUCAAGUUAAAAUGAAGUACAUUGUUAAAUUUUGCAUUCCUGGAGAUCAAAUAAAGGACUUCCAGCCUCAUGAAAAUACUGAAUUAGAGGAACGCAGAGCUGUGCCUUCAAACGUUUCAAAGCUUGAAGAUUUCCAGUUACCAGACAUCAAGCCCCUUGCCAACAUCAAAGCUGGCCUUCAGGAUGCAUCUGCGAAUUCUGUCCCCCUUGAGAGUGUUCACAUCAGGGGAAAAAUAAUAGACUUUGUAGCCCAGGUCAUUGUUUUUCAGACAUACACAAAUCAAAGUCCUGUGCCUAUUGAGGCAAAGUACAUCUUUCCUUUGGACGAUAAGGCAGCCGUGUGUGGCUUUGAGGCUUUUAUCAAUGGGAAGCACAUAGUAGGCGAGAUAAAGGAGAAGGAGCAAGCCCAGCAGGAAUACAGAGAGGCUGUCAGCCACGGCCAUGGCGCCUACUUGAUGGACCAGGACACUCCGGAUGUCUUCACUGUGAGUGUUGGAAACUUACCCCCUCGGGCUAAGGUUCUCAUCAAAAUCACCUACAUCACAGAGCUCAGCAUCCAAAGCCCUGUGGCCGUCUUCUUCAUGCCUGCCACUGUCGCACCCUGGCAACAGGACAAGGCUUUGAAUGAGAACCUUCAGGAUACAGUGGAGAAGGUUUAUGUAAAGGAAAUAGGGACGAAGCAAAGCUUCUCCCUGGCCAUGUCCAUUGAGAUGCCCUACAAGAUUGAAUUCAUUUCCAGUGACACACAUGAACUGAGACAAAAGAGCACAGACUGCAAGGCUGUGAUUAACACUGUGGAAGGCAGCUGCUUGGACAGCAGUGGGUUUUCUCUCCACAUCGGUUUGCGUGAUGCGUACCUCCCAAGAAUGUGGGUUGAAAAACAUCCAGAAAAAGAAAGUGAGGCUUGCAUGCUUGUCUUUCAACCGGAUCUUGCGGCUACCCUUCCUGACCUCUGUGAAAAGAAUGAAGUGAUUAUUUGUCUUGACUGUUCCAAUUCCAUGGAGGGUGUGACAUUCAUGCAGGCCAAGCAAGUUGCCCUGUACGCUCUGUCUCUGGUGGGUGAGGAGCAAAAAGUAAACCUUAUGCAGUUUGGCACAGGUUACAAGGAGCUAUUUUCAUAUCCUAAGUACAUUGCAAAUAAUAAAAUGGCCACAGAGUUCAUUAUGUCCGCAGCACCUACCAUGGGGAACACAGACUUCUGGAAAAUUCUCCGCUAUUUAAGUUUCCUGUACCCUUCUGAAGGGUUACGGAACAUUCUCCUCAUAUCUGAUGGGCACCUCCAGAGUGAGAGUCUGACUCUGCAGCUUGUGAAAAGAAAUAUCCGGCACACCAGACUCUUCACCUGUGCUGUUGGUUCUACAGCAAAUCGUCACAUCUUAAGGACCUUGUCACAGUGUGGUGCUGGAGUAUUUGAAUAUUUUAACUCAAAAUCCAAGCAGAGUUGGAAAAAACAGAUAGAAGCCCAGAUGACCAGGAUACGUUCCCCGAGCUGCCACUCUGUCUCUGUGAAGUGGCAGCAGCUCAGCAGAGACACCCCUGAGGCUCUUCAGGCUCCAGCCCAGGUCCCCUCCUUGUUUCAUAAUGACCGGCUCCUCGUGUACGGAUUCAUUCCUCAUUGUACACAGGCAACUCUGCAUGCAGUCAUCCAAGAGAAGGAAUUCCAUACAAUGGUCUCAACUACGGAGCUGCAGAAGACCACUGGGACUAUGAUUCACAAGCUGGCGGCACGAGCGUUAAUCAGAGAUUAUGAAGACGGUAUUCUCCAUGACAAUGAAACCAACCACGAGAUGAAGAAAAAACUCAUGAAAUCUCUGAUUAUUGAACUCAGUAAAGAAAAUUCUCUAAUUACACAGUUUACAAGCUUUGUGGCAGUUGAGAAAAGGGACGGUGAUGAGAUACCUUUGGCUAAUGUCCCAAAUAUUUCUGAACUUGUUGCCAAAGAAGAUGUAGACUUUCUGCCAUACGUGAGUUGGCAGGCAGAGCAGCCAGAGGCCUUCACCACACUGGCAGACAUUGAGUGUUGGGCACUAAAGCAAGAUGAAGUCACCGAUGGCAGCAGACUGUUACAGGUGCCUGUGAAACGCCGUGCAACUGGAGCUGCAUUUGACAGUUUUGACUCAACCAAGCCCUUCUCGGUCUCUGAAGGGAAUGAGAAACAGCCACUGCUAUGUAGUAAAAGACAUAAGAAAAAAAAAAUAAGGAUAUGUGCUCUAGAACUUUCUGAAGAUUUUGAAGACGUGACCCUAGAGACACAGUCACUUGAAACAGCAGAAUCUCUCAAGGUCCACUCGCAGUCGAAAGUUGUGAAAGCAUGCUGUGUGAAUCGGAUGAAAGGAGAACCACUUGAAAAAUCACGGGCGCCUGACCUACGAAGUGCUCUGCCUGUCCCCCUGAGGAGGAAGAAGACUGGGGCUGCUGGGUUUUCUUCCGAUUCUCUCUGUGCCCAGUCUGCUUUCCUCUCUCCUGCCCCUCCCCCUCUGCCUAGUGGCUCCUGUCCUCCCCCGCUUCCCCCUCGCUCUCCUUCUCUAGCUGGUGUCGCCCAUCUUCCUCCCCCUCCCCCUCCCUGGUGUCGCCCAUCUUCCUCCCCCUCCCCCCUCCCUGGUGUCGCCCAUCUUCCUCCCCCUCCCCCUCCCUGGUGGCGCCCAUCUUCCUCCCCCUCCCCCCUCCCUGGUGGCGCCCAUCUUCCUCCCCCUCCCCCUGCCCUUGGUGGCACCCAUCUUCCUCCCCCUCCCCCUGCCCUUUUUGGCACCCAUCUUCCUCCCCUCCCAGGGAAUUCAUCCCACUUGAGUUCGGCUCACCUAUGCACGGUCAAAGCCUUAAUUCUGUAGGGUACCAACAUUUUCCAUGACUUAGGCUCUUCUCCCAGGCAGCGCCUUGGGGGCUUUGACGGUGUUGCUACUUCACUUGGUUCAGAGUAUUCUAAUCUAAGGAAAGUUUCCCAAGGCCCCAACACCCGCGUCCUCUCUCCCAGAGCCCGUGGGCUGGAUUCUCUUCAAGCGUCACCUUUUCCCACUUCUUUUAUGCCACUUAUGUGCAGUCCUACUAAGCCACCAUCUGUCCCUCCUCUUCCCACCGGUGUUCUUAGCUCUGAGCAUCCUCAGAGUCCCUCUUAUCUGCCUUUAGGAAGAUCCAAAUUCGUUCAGUCAGCUCUGUCAUUGGCCAGUUCUCCCAGCUCUGCGUCAUCAGAUUACAUUCUAAACAAGGCUUCGUUUGCCUCGCUAGAGGAAAGUUCCUUCGACACGGAAACGGAUGAAGCAGGAGAAUAUGCAGCAUGCCUGAAUUUAGAAAGUGUGGAGAAAACUUCUGUGACGAGUGACACUUCCUCAGAGGAAGCCUGUGAAGAAAGCUGUCCUGCACCGUGGGCGUCACUCUUGGCUCUACAAACCGAGGAUGGUUUUUGGAAACUGACGCCAGAACUAGGACUUAUACUAAAACUCAAUGUAAAUGUUCUACACAAGUUUCUUGAAGAGAAAGGCAUUCGAUCUCUAGGUACAACAGGAAGAGAUCAUCUCUUGGACUUAAUUGCCACACUGCUGGUACUGCAGUUUCUUCGUACUAGGUUGGAAAAAGAAGGAAUGGUUGCCAAAUCACUGCUAAAGAUGGAUGACACCUUCAUCUCCAGGAAUAUUCCAUGGGCUUUUGAGAACAUAAAGAAAGCAAAUGAGUGGGCCAGAAGGAUGGAAGGGCAGUAUCCAUCUAUCUGCCAAAGGCUUGAGCUGGGUAAAGACUGGGAGUCAGCCACAAAGCAACUUCUGGGGAUUCAGCCCCAAGCCAACCCUUCUCUUCAUCGAAUUCUACAUAGCAAUCAAGGCUGAAUGCAAUGAAAUUGCAUUUCAAACAGUUAUCAUAUUUCCUUUUGCUGUUUUGCUUUGUUUUGUUUUUCAAGACAUGGUUUCUCUGUAUUGUUUUGGAGGCUGUUCUAGAACUCACUCUGUAGACCAGGCUGGCCUUGAACUCAGAGAUCCACCUGCCUCUGCUUCCCAAGUGCUGGGAUUAAAGGCGUGUGCUACCACCACCUGGCUGCCUUUCUCAUAUUUCUAUGUUGCAAAUAAUCAAAUAGUAAAUGGUAUCAAUAAUGACAUGAAUUAGUUUUGGGGGGUUUUCUUUUUUCCGUGUAGCUACCAGCCCCUUUAAAAUAAAAUAAAUGGAAGCAGAAUUGAUGAAUCAUUUAACAACAAUAAAAAAAAACCUUUAAAAACUGUGA